AAGGAUUCGAUUUUGUCUUCCGCCUCACAUUGUUGACAAUAGACAAGAGACGGGUCAAUCGUGAACAUUUUCUAAGUUCUAAUAAGAUUCGAUUUCAAGCCUACAAUAUGCGAGGCUUUCUCUUCUCCCUGUCCCUCGUGGCAUCUAUCACCUUCGGCGCCUUAGCAUCGAAUCCUUCCGAGCUCAAGAUUGACGUGACUCUGCCCGUAGAAUGCGAUCGAAAGACACAGAAGGGCGACACGAUUCAGGUACACUACAGGGGUACACUCGCUUCUAAUGGAAACAAAUUCGACGCCAGCUACGACCGAGGCACUCCCUUUAGUUUUAAUUUAGGCGGCGGCCAAGUCAUCAAGGGAUGGGACCAAGGUCUUUUGGACAUGUGUAUUGGCGAAAAAAGAACCUUGACCGUUCCACCCGAAUUCGGAUACGGGAAUAGGGCCGUCGGACCAAUCCCAGCGGGAUCUACUCUUGUGUUCGAGACCGAGCUCAUGGGAAUUAGAGGCGUCCCUAACCCCGAAUCUAUCGUCACCAAGGCAAGUGCUAGUGCGAGCUCAACCUCUAGCUCAACCUCUGAGACGGCUUCGUCCAAGGUGGUGGAAAGGGUUGCGAGUAAGAUCGAGGAGGUCGCCGAGGCGGUUAAGACCGUGAUCGCCGAUACUGAUGAUACUCAGGAGCACAAUGAGCUAUGAGUCUACAAACUUGGACAACACUUUCUACUAUUGAUAAGUUACGUUGCUAUGUGGGAUAUCCUAUCAAGCAAUCUCAAGAUGGGCGGGAAGCCAGCAAAGCAUGACUACCUAGUACAUAGUACUUCCGAAACGAACACGGCCAUUCUUCGAAAUCGUGUGCUUGCGUACCUAUACGUCAAGUACCUACCUAGGUAGAGAUGAGGUCCCAUGCUUCCAAAUUGAGUCAUGGUUCCAACACGCGAACAAAGAAAAUGCACAAUAAUUUUCUCAUAGCCAGUAUUGCCGAGUUUUCUGCAGGAGUAGUGAAUGAAGCGGUGUAUCAUUAGGAUGUGGUUACCACCGUGGCACGUGGUUGGAGGCUGGAGAUUGGAGAUUGGAGAUAGGUAAUGCUGUAGUAAUUAUUGCAUUAACUAUCUAUUAUACUCCAGGCUAGCAUUCGUGCAUCUACCGCAUGUAUCGAUCUUAUAUCGUAAUAGGAUAGUUAUUUGGAAGGUACGCUACACCGCAAUUUGAUAAGGUAAUUACUAGUAGGUAUAAUUGGUC